AUGGAGUGUUUGAGGAAGAAGAGGAAGGGCGUGGAGAUCUCAGAAGUAUGUCAAAAAGAAGUUGAGGAACAAAAUUCAUUGGCAAUAUUAUGGUCACAUUUAUCCUUGGAAGAUUAUUCAAGGAGGAAAAAGAAAUGCAGGGAAGUAGUAGCUGUAAAAAAUAUUGAUUCCUGUAGAAGUUUAGUAACUGGAGUUGUCACUGCCCCACCGUGUGGGACUGCAUGUUUGACCUCGCCGGCCAGAGGUCUUAAGAGGAAAAUUGGAUGUAUCGAUGUGGCAACUCGUUUGGGUAGGAAGAAGAAGAUUGAACAAGAGUAUGAGUUGGGUGAAACUAUAGGGCGAGGAAAGUUCGGGUCAGUAGUGUAUUGUCGGUGUAAAGCAACUGGAGAAGAUUUUGCGUGCAAGACUUUGCGGAAAGGGGAAGAGAUUGUGCACCGGGAAGUGGAGAUAAUGCAACACCUCUCAGGGCAUCCGGGUGUUGUGACGCUGAAGGCAGUGUAUGAAGAUGCUGAAUCUUUCCAUCUCGUGAUGGAGCUUUGUUCUGGGGGACGUUUGCUAGAUCAUAUGGCUAGAGAAGGCCGGUAUACUGAUCGACAGGCUGCGAACAUAAUUAAGGAACUAAUGCUGGCCAUCCGAUACUGCCACGAGAUGGGUGUUGUUCACCGGGAUGUAAAGCCUGAGAAUAUCCUUCUUACAACUUCUGGACAGAUGAAGCUUGCUGACUUUGGAUUGGCUUUGAGAAUUUUAGAUGGUCAGAGCUUGACUGGUGUAGUUGGAAGUCCUGCAUAUGUUGCUCCCGAAGUGCUGGUGGGUAAUUAUUCUGAGAAAGUGGAUAUCUGGAGUGCUGGUGUCCUACUACAUGCACUUCUAGUUGGUACACUCCCAUUUCAUGGUGAUUCUCUGGAAGCUGUUUUUGAGGCUAUCAAGAAAGAAAAACUUGAUUUUUCUGGUGAUGUAUGGGACUCAAUAUCGCAGCCUGCUCGUGAUCUACUCUCUAGGAUGUUGACUAGGAGUGUUAAAGAAAGGCUUACUGCAAAUGAAGUUCUAAGGCAUCCAUGGAUUUCAUUCUACACCGAACCCACAUUGAAAACCAUAACUGUCAAACCAAAGGUGCAGAACACUUUAAAACAGACAGCUUCUCUACCUGGGGCAGAGUCUGAGAGAAACCAGUUAAUAUCCCGUAAUAAUCUCAGUGAAGACUCUAGUCCAACUUUACUAUCUGGUGGUUCGACUGAAGGAGAGGACAGUGGUCUGGUCGAUGUUCUUGCUGUGGCUAUUUCACGUGUUAGAAUAUCUGAACCUAAGAGAAGCAGGUUAUGUAGCCCGGCUCAGCCAAUUGAACAGGAGUGUUCGUCUAACUUGAAGACUGGCAACCUCUGUACAGCAUUUUGA